AAAACCAAAGUUAUCCAUUUUUUACUCCGUAUAAUUGGAGUAGUUUUAACCACCGUAGCAUCCGCCCACUCAACUACCGCCGGCGGCCUGCGACGACAGCCCCGAAUUCUCACGGCGAACUUGGGAAUUCCCGAUGAGUCGAUGACCAUUAGCAGAUGCUGCACAUCCGCCAUGGCCGAUGAAGAAGCCCUCCCCCAAACCGAACCACAACACGACCCCCCAUGGACCCACCUAAUGCUCCGCCGAAGCGAAGUGCUUCGUCGUCACCCGCAGCUACACUGCCAUCCCGGCCCUGCAAGAUCCGGAAGCUAUCCUCCCCUUCCGCCGCCACCUCGGCGCCGCACUGCAGUCCAGCGCCAAGAAUCGCCGCCCGUCUCCUCUCAUGUCGCGGCGAGCUCGAGGCCGCCAUUCACCACCUCCGAUCAUCAGACCCUAGACUCGCCCCGCUCAUUGACUCUUACCCGCCCCCAAAUCUGGAGCCCUUCAUGCCCCCAUUCCAAGGCCCAACAUAAACAUCCUAAUCCAGCAACUCGCUCUCAAAGCCGGAACUUCAAUCUACGCUCGCUUCCUCACUCUCUCUGCGGCGGAGAAUCAGAUCUCCUCCCCGAUGUCGUUUCGAACAUAACCCCACAACAACUCCGGCAAAUCGGAAUCUCUUCCCGGAAGGCAAGCUACCUUCAUUACCUAGCAAGGAAAUACCAGACCGGGAUUCAUGAUCCGGGGAUAAGGAGAGGGGUACAAAUGCUCAACGUGCUCGAGGAAAUGCCCAAGCCAUCUCAGAUGGAUCAAUUCUGCAAAAGUGGAGGCCUUAUAGGUCAGUGGCGGCUUGGUACAUUUGGAGAUUAGUGGAAGCCAAGAAUGCAAAUUCAGAUCCCAUUGUUGAAGGGGAUACAACUUUGCAGAAGCUACAGCAAGAACUCCAUCA